AUGGGACUUGAUCUCCCCGAUGGUGGCCAUCUUUCUCAUGGCUUCUUCACUCCAGCUAAGAAAGUCUCUGCCACUUCCAUGUUCUUCCAAUCUAUGCCGUAUAAGGUUGACCCAAAAAGUGGUUUAAUUGACUAUGAUCGCAUGGAACAAAACGCUAUGCUAUUUCGACCAAAGGUUCUUGUUGCAGUAUUUCUUCAGUGCGGUGCAUACCUAAUGGCUGACAUGGCUCAUAUCUCCGGACUCGUCGCCGCUGGUCUCAUCCCAUCACCAUUUGAGUAUGCCGACAUUGUCACAACCACCACGCAUAAAUCACUUCGUGGUCCACGUGGAGCACUGAUUUUCUUUAGAAAAGGUGCUAAGUACUAUUUACCUACUUGCUGUUUUUCUCGGUACGCGUGUCUUUCCAGGAGUUCGAUCCACUAAUG